AUGACCACUGCUUUAAUCCCCAUUGCAGACGGCACGGAAGAGAUUGAGGCUAUUACGCUAGCUGAUGUGCUCACGCGUGGUGGUGUUCAAGUGACACUGGCCACUGUCGGUAAAAACCCCAACAAUAUUGUAAUAAUGUCACGAGGCAUCAAGUUGCAGGGCGAUGUGACCAUUGAAGCCUGCGUCGGCAAGAGUUUUGAUCUCAUUGUUAUCCCCGGCGGCAUGCCUGGUGCUGAGCAUCUUCGCGACUCCAAGGAGUUAGUAACGCUGCUUAAACAGCAAAAAGAAAACGGCAACCUGUACGGUGCCAUCUGCGCUGCUCCUGCUGUUGUGCUGCACUCGCAUGGUCUGCUUGCCUCUGGUCCAGCAACCAGUUACCCAACUUUUGAGUCGAAAAUGACAGGCGUGGACUAUAAGCAUGAAAACGUCGUAGUGAACGGAAAGUGCGUAACUAGUCGCGGACCGGGCACUGCCAUGGCGAUGGGCAUCAAGCUCGUUGAGUUACUAUGCGGUUUUGAGAAGGCGCAAUUGGUUGCCCAGGGUUUGCUCGACACUUCGUUCUAA